AUGGCUGCGAAGCUGCGAGCGCAUCAGGUGGACGUGGACCCGGACUUCGCGCCGCAGAGCCGGCCGCGCUCCUGUACCUGGCCCCUGCCGCAGCCCGACUUGGUCGGCGACGAGGACGGAGCGCUGGGUUCUGGGGUGGCCGAGGGCGCCGAGGACUGCGGGCAGGAGCGCCGGGCCACGGCCCCGCCGAUGGCCCCAGCGCCGCCGCUGGGCGCGGAGGUCGGACCGCUGCGGAAAGCGAAGAGCUCCCGGCGGAACGCGUGGGGGAACCUGUCCUACGCCGACCUCAUCACCAAAGCCAUCGAGAGCGCCCCGGACAAGCGGCUCACGCUCUCGCAGAUCUACGACUGGAUGGUCCGUUACGUGCCCUACUUCAAGGAUAAAGGCGACAGCAACAGCUCGGCCGGCUGGAAGAACUCCAUCCGGCACAACCUGUCUCUGCACACCCGGUUCAUCCGCGUGCAGAACGAGGGCACAGGCAAGAGCUCCUGGUGGAUGCUGAACCCCGAGGGCGGAAAGACGGGCAAGACCCCGCGGCGCAGGGCCGUGUCCAUGGACAACGGGGCCAAAUUCCUGCGCAUUAAGGGCAAGGCCAGCAAGAAGAAGCAGCUGCAGGCACCCGAGCGAAGCCCCGACGACAGCCCCCCGGGCGCGCCAGCCCCAGGGCCCAUGCCUGCCGCGGCCAAGUGGGCCACGAGCCCAGCCUCGCACGCCAGCGACGACUACGAGGCGUGGGCCGACUUCCGCGGCGGUGGGAGACCCCUGCUCGGGGAGGCAGCUGAACUGGAAGACGACGAGGCCCUGGAGGCCCUGGCGCCGUCGUCGCCGCUUAUGUACCCAAGCCCGGCGAGCGCGCUAUCGCCCGCGCUGGGUGCCCGCUGCCCGGGGGAGCUGCCCCGCCUGGCCGAGCUGGGGGGCCCGCUGGGCCUGCACGGUGGAGGUGGAGGCGGCGGCGGCGGCGGCGGCGGCGGCGGCGGCAGCGCAGGGCUGCCUGAGGCGCUGCUGGACGGCUCGCAGGACGCGUACGGGCCGCGGGCCCGCGCCGGGACGCCCGCCUACUUCGGCGGCUGCAAGGGCGGUGCCUACGGCGGGGGCGGGGGUUUCGGGCCGCCGGCGCUGGGCGCUCUGCGCCGCCUGCCCAUGCAGACCAUCCAAGAGAACAAGCAGGCCAGCUUCGCGCCGGCCGCCGCGCCCUACCGCCCGGGGGCGCUGCCCGCACUGUUGCCGCCGCCGCCACCCGCACCCAGGCCCGGCCCCUUGCUUGGUGCACCCGGGGAGCUGGCGCUGGCGGGCGCUGCCGCCACCUACCCUGGCAAAGGAGUGGCCCCGUACGCGCCGCCGGCGCCCUCGCGCAGUGCCUUAGCCCACCCCAUCAGCCUUAUGACGCUGCCCGGCGAGGCGGGCGCGACGGGCCUGGCGCCACCGGGACCCGCGGCCGUCUUCGGGGGCCCCCCCGGCGGCCUCCUGCUGGACGCGCUGCCUGGGCCGUACGCGGCCGCCGCCGCCGGGCCGCUGGGUGCCGCGCCCGACCGCUUCCCGGCCGACCUGGACCUAGACAUGUUCAGCGGGAGCCUCGAGUGCGACGUCGAGUCCAUCAUCCUCAACGACUUCAUGGACAGCGACGAGAUGGACUUCAACUUCGACUCGGCCCUGCCACCGCCGCCGCCCGGCCUGGCCGGGGCCCCGCCCCCCAACCAGAGCUGGGUGCCAGGCUGA